AUGAAGAGGUUGAAGCUCCUGAGGUGGAGCGGUACUGUCCUCUCCCCCCGAACGAGACCGGAACUCCUUCAAUGUCAACCUCGUCUUCACCGGCGGUUCCAAGCAACUGCUGCUGCCCCCUCAGACCCCGAAAAUGAGUCCGUAUAUCAGGCCACGGAUGGACCGUAUCUCUCGGAAGAAGAACUCAUGAAGUUGCCCUCACCCCCGGUCGCCGCAGCGAGGACGUCCGCCAAACUAGCUGCCUUGCAUGCUCGACUUGCCUUACCCUCUCGUUUCCCUCUCGAAACUUUGGCACGAACCUUGAUCGACGACUCGGCCGAUCGCUCCAUGCGAUUCAACAACAAAGCGUUUGCCCUGCUGGGGAAUGACUUGUUAGGCUUCUACACAUCUGAAUACAUUAUAAGUCAAUACCCGAGAUUACCACUCGCCGUCAUCUACGCGGCAAUGUACGCAUAUCAUGGCCCGGCGACGUUGACACAGAUGACCAAAGAAUGGGGCGUCGAAGCAGCUGCAGAACCCGGAGGGGAGGUCGACCCAGGUCUACUACAAUUCAAGAGGAUGCCGCCCGAACAACCUCUCGCAGAUGGGGAUACAGGAUCAAGCGGCAGCAAUAACGAUCCGAGAGCGAAAUGGACACGAAGCUUGAGUGCCAAGUCGGUACACAAUGAUCAGUUUGGUGAACUUCCAGAACGCCCAAGUGCGCCUGAAGAAUUGGCCUCGAAAGGCGUCACCCUACAACGAGCCAGUACAAACUUUGUGAGAGCCGUGAUUGGCGCGGUAUACCUGCACGCUGGAAGGGCAGCUGCAAAGAAGUUUUACAGUGAUCACUUCAUGUCUCGGCAAUUGGACAUGGCGAGUCUGUUCCAGUUUAAGAACCCCACCCGAGACCUGAGCCGGCUAUGUGGAAGAGAAGGAUUCCAGGCACCCGUGGCCAAGAUUCUGAGCGAAACUGGGCGGAAGAGCAGGACCCCCGUCUUCGUGGUGGGAAUAUAUUCAGGCAGUGACCUGUUGGGAGAAGGCGCCGGUGCCAGCUUAGACGAAGCCCGAACACGAGCGGCAGUGGCAGCACUCAAAGGCUGGUAUCUCUACAGUCCGACCGAGUUUCGAUUGCCUAGCGAAAUGGAAGAGCCCGGGGCGAAACCAUGGACCCCGAUUCUGGUGGAUGCCGGCGAAGUUGUCGGCUAA